UCGGGGCCGGGGGCGCGGCCAGUCCGGGGCCGUCCCGGUAAAGCGGCGGCGCGGGCGGUGCAGCCCCGCACCAUGGAGGGGCACCUGGCGCGCUGCAAGAUCGUGGUGGUGGGGGACACGCAGUGCGGCAAGACCGCGCUGCUCCACGUCUUCGCCAAGGAUUGCUACCCCGAGAGCUACGUGCCCACCGUCUUCGAGAACUACACGGCCAGCUUCGAGAUCGACAAGCAGCGCACCGAGCUCAACAUGUGGGACACCUCAGGCUCAGCAUAUUAUGACAACGUCCGUCCCUUGGCCUACCCAGACUCAGACGCUGUGCUCAUCUGCUUUGACAUCAGCCGCCCAGAGACCCUGGACAGUGUGCUCAAGAAGUGGCAAGGGGAAACUCAGGAAUUCUGCCCCAAUGCAAAGAUUGUGCUGGUUGGCUGCAAGCUGGACAUGCGGACAGACUUAAACACACUCCGGGAGCUUUCCAAGCAGCGCCUGAUCCCCGUGACACACGAGCAGGGCAGUGCACUGGCACGGCAGAUUGGGGCAGUGGCCUAUGCAGAAUGCUCCUCCAAGGUCUCAGAGAACAGUGUCCGGGAUGUGUUUCAUGUCACCACGCUCGCCUCGGUCAACAGGGUCCAGAAGAACUUGAAACGCAGCAACUCCAAACGGGGACUGAAACGGGCAUCCCAGAUGUCUGGCAGGACAGACUUACUGAGUGACACAGAGAUCAGGAAAGACCGAGCCAAGAGCUGCUCCAUCAUGUGAAAACCAGGCUGUAAAUAAUGUGUGAGUGUUGUCCAUUUUGUACAGUAACUGGCUGAGCCAAGGGCAUGGUGCUGGCUGCAGGAGCCAGCUCACCUUUCCAAAGCCUUUCUCUCAGUCUCUAGGACUGAGCAAAGGUCCCAGCUGCAACCUGGGGUGCAUGAGUUGCCCCACACUGUGGAGACUUCUGGGUUGGCUGCUGCUCUGUGGAAUGCUUGGGGUGAAGGAACCACUUAGCAGAGGAGUAUUAAGGUGCUGGAAACUGGGUGUAACAAAGGGAGUGACCCUCUGUGUGCCACCCUCCUGGACCCAAGGCCCAAGCCUCUGUGCCUGUGUGUACCACCCAGAGGGGUGGUGGGUUCUGUGGGACCUGGGAUGGAGGGUGGGAGGUAGAUGGGAUUGUUAGGAGCAGAGUGUGAUCAGCAGAAUGUAUUCUUCCAGUCUUCCUUUAGAAGAUAAAUGAUGUUGGAGGUGGUGCUGCCUUCAGCUAGGCUGGACAGCAAGUUGCCAUGGAAGGUGCAGGUCUGGGACAGAGCUAUGAGGGAAGGCAACCUGGGAAGCCAAUUUUACCUGAUGAGACACCAUGGUGCUCCACCUCCUGUGAAUUAAAAAUAUAGGUGUCUCUUUACGUGGUAUUUUAGAUACUUGAACUCCAUUUGAAAUGCAGCAGAGGGAAGAGGUCUGUCCCAGUAGAUGCAUCCCAAGAGCUGUGGUUCCCUUAAGCAAAUGCCACUCAGGAGCUGGUGUCCUGACAGCCUGGGUGCUCAUCAGGCUGCUGCCUGCCUGCCAGGGCCAGCAGUGCUUCCAGAAAGCAGACUGCAGUAACUAUCCAUAGCCUGCUCUCCACCCAUUUCCAGCUGCAGAUUGUGUUGCAUGGUGCUGUGUUUGUCUGGUAGAGAUGCCCAAAAUGAUUAUGUGAGUGUCUGCACUCUUGUCUCCACUGUGGCAGUGGGAAGGAAGGUGCUCCCUCUGCCUCCUGCCCUGCUCUACAGCCUUCUCCCCACACCCCUCAUUGCUUCUGCUGCUGCCCUCUCUAAAUGCCUUUGACUCCAGUGUUAGCCUUGACUUAAUGUCACAUAGACACUUUAAUGAAAAAGAAUUUGCUCCACUGCCAGACCCAGCUGUGUCAGUGGGCUACAGAAAACAAAUAAACAUUGUUG